GACAGUACGCGGAGAACAACAACCUACAACGAAACGAAGCUAAAGUGUCGAGAAUUUUUUUGUCGGUAAUUUGGGGUAAAUUCUGGUUUGCGAUUGCGUAUUUGUGCGUCAAAAUAUGAUAUUUUGCCAAAGAAAAAUCAAUUGUCGAAUAAAAAGAUCCAAUUAAAUGUACGAAUUUGUCACAUUUUGUGAUUUUUUCAUUGUGAAGUGCAUUUUUGUUUACAUAUUCCCGUCGGUUGUAGUAUUGCUUUAGUGGCCAGAAGUAAAAGAUAAAGCAAUUUGUGGAGAAAAAGAAGAAGCAACCGCAGCAGCACAACCAGAAGCAAAACAAAAAGAGCAAAACCUUUACCGAGAGAGUGUGAGAGCGUAUAUAACAAAAGCAAAAGAUAAAAGAAAAACGAACCGUCAACAGAAAGAGGAAAGAAAUUAUAUUGUAUUUGUGUACUGUUUAAUGUCCCCCAAGUGAUUUUUGUCUAAAUGUUUUAUAAAUAAAUACAAAUAUCAAACAAAAAAAAAAUAUUAAUAAAUAAUAAUAAAAAGUACAAAGUGCCAAUUGAAGGGAAUUGUUUUUCCUUGCGGUUUUUGUUAACUGCAAAACACACGUCACAAAAUGGCGUGUUUACAUUCAACAUCUGCAGCAAUGCCCAGAACUACGGCAAGGAUGUCUGGGAGGUUGUGGAGAGUGUUGCUGUUACUGCUCUCCACGUUCAGUGGCUGCUGUGGCCAUCUAAAUUUGUAUCUGAAUCCUCAGGAAGUCAUGCGUCUAUUAGGUGUUUCCGCUGAAGUUUAUUACGUACGUGAUGGUCACAUAAAUAACUACGCCCUGAAUUUCAUUGUUCCUGUGCCGGCGAAUGUGCGCGACAUCAGCUUCACUUGGCAAAGUUUGGCUGGCAGAACUCUGCCUUACAGCAUUAGCGUGGUGACCUCUGACCAGGCAGUGUUGCCUAGGCCUUCCAUAAAUAUUUCACAAAUUGGAGAGAUCCCUACCGAGGUUAAGACCUUCUCGAUUAGCCUCAAAUGUUCGGGAAUAAGGGCUGCCGAGGUGGAUGUCACCAUUUCGAUUGAGGUAAUUCUCAAUAGAGCCUUGAACAAUGUCACCCACUUGGUGUUUAGAAGAAAGAAGAUCUGUUUGCUCGCCGAGGAAGAUGAAACAAACAUGGAUGAUCCUCUUCUCUUGGAGACUGUAGUACAACCUCAGACUGGACUGAUUACUCUAGUAGUGGGCUGUGUCUUGGCACUGGCUUUAGUUUUGAUAUUGCUAUUAGCCGCCUAUUGUGUACGAGGUUCGGCCAAACGUCAGAAUCAUGGUCAACCUAUGAGAACUUCUAGUUUUCAAAGGCUUAAUACAAAUCCUCCCUGUCAGUCAGCCUCCUAUAUAACACCGUCAAUAAUUGCCCCCAUCCAUACUACGCUGCCACGCAAAAUGGAACCCCAGCAGCCGGAGGAGCUACAUCGCCGUAUAUCAGAAUUAACUGUUGAACGUUGUCGUGUCCGCUUGUCCAGUCUUCUGCAGGAAGGCACAUUUGGCAGGGUCUAUCGCGGUUCCUACAAUGACAACCAGGACGUUUUGGUUAAGACGGUGGCCCAGCAUGCAAGCCAAAUGCAGGUUUCCCUUUUGCUGCAAGAAGGCAUGUCUCUGUAUGGUGCUUCACAUCCCGGCAUUUUAUCUGUCUUAGGAGUCUCAAUCGAGGAUCACACAACUCCGUUUGUUUUAUAUCCUGCCAUGAACAACACGCGUAACUUGAAAAUAUUUUUGUUAGAUCCCUCCUGUGCACGGACUAUUACCACCAUUCAGAUUGUAAUGAUGGCCUCAAACUUGUCCACAGCAUUGAGUCACUUGCAUAGCCAUGGUGUGGUGCACAAAGAUAUUGCGACGAGAAAUUGUGUCAUCGAUGAUCAACUGCGUGUAAAAUUGUCAGAUAGUUCUCUGUCACGAGAUCUAUUUCCUGGCGAUUACAAUUGCCUCGGCGAUAGUGAAAAUCGUCCUGUGAAAUGGAUGUCGUUGGAGGCAUUGCAACAUAAACAAUUCUCCGAAGCUAGUGAUUCUUGGGCAUUCGGUGUACUUAUGUGGGAAUUGUGUACAUCUGCCAAACAACCAUAUGCUGAAGUGGAUCCAUUCGAAAUGGAGCAUUAUCUCAGAGAUGGCUACAGGCUCGCCCAGCCUUUUAACUGUCCCGAUGAAUUAUUCACAAUAAUGGCCUAUUGUUGGGCUCUCCUGCCUGCGGAGCGUCCGUCAUUUAUACAGCUUCAUGCUUGCCUAUCUGAGUUCUAUGCUCAAAUAACACGUUACGUGUAGUUGUGCCUUCUUGCAGGCAGCAAAUGGCAGCCGAGGGGCUGCAUUUCACUUUCCAUACUCACACUCGCUUUCUUCCUGACGACGUUAAAUAAGGAGGAACUACUUCAUAUAGUUUAGAUUUAUUUAAUCACGUAAUCAAUUGUUGUUGUUUAAUAAUGAUAGGUUUAACAAAUGCAUUUCAUUACCAAAAUUUAGCAUUAAGAUGUGCAGUAAAUACAUUUUGUUUUAAGCCCAUAAAUCUUCCAUUUCCAUUGUAUUGUAAUAUUGAUCGAAUCGAUUGAUUGAAUAACAUCUGACCACAUCUUUUUUUUUUGUAAAUAACGCCACACCCAUUCUCUCACUAUUUAUCACCCAUCACUGAAGUUAUCGGGUUGUUGCGUUCAUUAAGUCAUUGCAACCAGACAACUGAAUGAAGCUCAUGUAAUACCAAUUACAUUAAUAUCCUGUAAAAAUUGCUUUUAUUGGUAGCAUAAUUUUAUUAUUUUUCCCUAGAAAUUUGAGUUUUUUUUUGUAUUCAAAUUUGCUUUGGUGUCCAAUUGUAAAGUGAUUCGUUUUAUAUUCUGAGUGGAAUGCUCGUUCAAUUCGUUCAGUUCAGUUCAUACUUUAUAUACAUACAUUAGUUGUAAGUGCGUGUGUCCAUUUGUGAUGGAAGCCAAAGGUGGCAGAGUGAGUAGGUGAUCUUUUUCUUUGUUUAUUUUAUUUAUUUUUUUUAAAUUAAAAUGAUGUUCAUCAUAGUACGAAUAAUAGUGAUAAUUAUUAAAUAGAGUGCAUAUCUUUUGUAUGCUCUCGCCCAUUAAGCUAACGACACUACCACACCUACUCACGCCCCUCACGGCGGCCCUCACAAAUGCGUGAGGUUUUAUAUUAACGAUAAUUGUAGCAAUGAUGAUUAUUAUAGUUAUAAGAAGUUUUUUUAUAUACGACCAUAUACUAUAUAGAAAAGUAUAUUGUAUUGUAUAUUGUACAUGUAUAUUACGAUGAUGAUGAUGAUGCUGAUGGAGUGCGAAUUAAAUAUUCACAUAAUUUUGUGUGAAGUAAAUAA